CUACUUCACACACUGUGUCCAAGAACUCUUCUAAUGACUUAGCCCGAAGACCGAUUAAACCCCUGUAUAAUUCUGUGGGCGCCCCGUUUAUCUUUUGGAUUUUCCUUUUUUUUUUUUUUUUUUUUCAAAAAUGGGAUUUGAGUUGGAUCGUUUUAAGGGGGCCGUGGACCCAGACUUCAAAUGUAACUUGUGCAAUAAAGUUUUGGAGGAUCCGCUCACCACCCCGUGCGGCCACGUCUUCUGCGCCGGCUGCGUGCUGCCCUGGGUCGUCCAGCAGAGCAGCUGCCCCGUCAAAUGCCAGAGGAUCUCCACCAAAGAGCUCAACCACGUUCUCCCUCUCAAAAACUUAAUUUUAAAGUUAGAUAUCAAGUGUGACAAUCACGCGCGGGGAUGCGAAAAGAUCGUGAAGCUGCAACAUCUGGCGGAGCACGCGGAGAUGUGCGAUUAUUCCCCUGCCAAAUGUAGGAAUAAAGGAUGCAACGAGGUACUGAACCUGAAAGAUAUGGAUGCACACAUGCGUGAGUCGUGUGAUUACAGAGCGGUCGGGAUUUGCGAGAGCGGAUGCGGAUUGAUGCUCUCUCAUAAGGAGCAGAAGAUAAAUAACCAUUGCUGUUUGAAAGCCCUUAAAACGCACAACGGUGCGCUGCAAGGGAAAGUCGUCAAUUUGGAUAAGGAGCUGAAGAAACAAGCGCUUAAAUCGAGUAAAAGAGAGAAAUCACUUUUAGCGCAACUGUCGACGGUUCAUAACGAGCUUCAGAUGACAGCGCUCAAGUAUCAGAAGAAAUUCACCGAGUACAGCGCCAGGAUUGACUCGCUCUCCAAGAGUCUCUCUCCGCCGUGCAAGGGUGGAGAGACCAAAAGUGUCAUGGCAAUACUCUAUCGGGAGUCUGGAUCUUUAGGCUUCAAUAUUGUUGGAGGAAGACCAUGCGUGGAUAAUAAAGAUGGUACUUCGAAUGAAGGAAUUUUUGUGUCGAGGAUUGUGGAAAAUGGACCAGCAGAUAAAGAAGGGGGUUUGCAGAUCCACGACAGGAUAAUGGAGGUCAAUGGCAAGGACUUGUCCAAGUCAACACACGACCAGGCAGUGGAGGCCUUCCGUAUGGCUAAAGAACCCAUUAUGGUCCAGGUGCUACGCAGGGCACCGAGGCCUAAACCUGCAGGUCCAACUGGGGAUGGCCAAGUAGUGGACAUCAGCACCCAGACGGAUAUCACCUUCCAGCAUAUCAUGGCCCUCAGCAAGCUGCCUGCAUCUGCUGCACCUGUGGAUGUACUUGAGCAAUACCUGCUGCCAGAGGGACACUCUCCUGCUCAUGAGUACUUUGAUGCCAACGAUUUCCUAGAGGGCAUGCAGCAUGAGAUAGAGAGAGAGGAGCUGGAAUAUGAGGAAGUGGAUUUAUACAGAACUAAUAUCCAGGAUAAGUUGGGGUUAACGGUGUGCUACAGGACAGAUGAUGACGAUGAGACAGGGAUCUAUGUCAGCGAGAUUGAUCCGAACAGCAUUGCAGCAAAAGAUGGACGAAUUCGUGAGGGAGAUCGAAUCAUCCAGAUAAAUGGCAUUGAGAUUCAGAAUCGUGAGGAAGCAGUGGCUCUUUUAACCAGUGAAGAACACCUAAAUGUGUGCCUGCUACUGGCUCGCCCAGAGAUACAGCUGGAUGAGGGCUGGAUGGAUGAUGACAGAAACGACUACCUGGAUGACCUCCACAUGGAUAUGUUGGAGCAACAGCAUCAUCAGGCUAUGCAGUUCACCGCAAGCAUGCUCCAGCAGAAGAAGCAUGAGGAGGAUGGCGGUACAACAGACUCUGCCACGCUUCUCUCUCAACGGCAUGAGAAGGACAGUGGAGUGGGCCGCACGGACGACAGCACCCGUAAUGAUGAAAGUUCUGAGCAGGAGAACCUAGCAGAUGACCAGACCAACGCCUCCACCACGUUAGGUAGCCGCUGCAUGCUCGCAUAUAGUCAGGACACCCUAGGCAGCGGUGACCUCCCUUUUAGCAGCGAGUCCUUCAUUUCUGCAGACUAUGCUGAUGCUGACUUCUUGGGUGACUUCCCUGCGGACGAAUGUGAGCGGUUUCGGAAAUUGCUGGAGCUCAAGUGCCAGGAACAGAGCGGAAGUCCACAGCAGAGCCUGUUUUGGCCAAGCAGUGACAUAGUUGGCGGGCAGGGCAGUGUAGGCGAGGAGGGUGUGGACAAAGAGUUGGAGCUUCUAAACGAAGAACUUCGCAGCAUUGAGCUUGAGUGCUUGAGCAUAGUAAGAGCGCAUCGCAUGCAGCAAUUGCGCGAGCAGUGCCGUGAACAGUCCUGGAUGCUGCACAAUAGUGGCUUCCGCAACUACAACACAAGUGUGGAUGCAAGACGCCAUGAGCUGGCCGACAUCAGUGAACUCCCUGAAAAGUCAGACAAGGACAGCUCCAGUGCCUACAAUACUGGUGAAAGUUGCCGUAGCACACCACUCACACUAGAGCUCUCUCCCGACAACUCUUUGCGGCGUGGAAAUGAAAAUCAGGCUGAGGCAGGGCCAAGUAGCGCAACUUGUUGUGGCAACAGAAUUCUGAAGCCUCUGCUUUCGCCUGUCCAAGAGGCUUGCAUCCCCAACAGGAGUCGGCCAACAUCGUCAAAAGAGUCAGAGACUGGGUCUCAGCCUGAAAUCAGAGAGCGCACAACAAGCCGCCACACUCAGCCCCAUUCGCCCUACAAACAUGCCCACAUCCCUGCCCAUGCCCAGCACUACCAGAGCUACAUGCAACUGAUCCAGCAAAAGUCAGUGGAGUAUGCCCAAAGCCAGUUGAGCCUGGUCAGCAUGUGCCGGGACCCUGUUGCUUCUGCCGACUUGGGACCCAAGAUGGAGUGGAAGGUGAAGAUCCGCAGUGACGGUACACGCUACAUCACCAAACGGCCCGUCCGGGACAAGCUCUUGAAAGAGCGAGCCUUACGAAUCCGAGAGGAACGCAGUGGAAUGACCACAGAUGAUGACGCCAUCAGUGAGCUGAAGAUGGGUCGUUACUGGAGCAAAGAGGAACGCAAGCAGCACGCCGUCCGUGCCAAGGAGCAGCGUCAGCGCAGGGAGUUUAUGAAGCAGAGCCGUAUGGACUGUCUAAAAGAGCAAGGUGUUAGUGCCGAAGAUAAGAAGGAGCCCACCAUCAUUGAACUGAGUCACAAGAAGAUGAUGAAAAAGCGAAACAAGAAAAUCUUUGACAAUUGGAUGACUAUCCAGGAACUGUUGACCCAUGGUACAAAAUCACCCGAUGGUACACGGGUGUACAACUCCCUGCUGUCAGUAACCACAGUGUAGGCAUCCAUUUUUUUAUAUAAUGAGCUGUAUAUAGGACACUACCGAUUGGGGUAGACAAUCCUGCCUCGUUCAAUGUGGCAACAUGUGUAAAUAGGAAAUAUGAAUGGCUUGUCUGAAGGAACUUUGCCAGUUGCCAAGAAAAGGUACAAUGAGGGUCUCAUUGGAUGGAUUUGUUAAAGUGACAGGAUUGUGUCAUCUUAUUUGCCCUUUUCAUUUCUAUCUUUGAGCUUGCUGUUUUAAAUAUUCUACUAAAGAAGUUAAUGAAAUUUGACCUCUUUAUAAGCUUUUUGAACACAAUACGAAGACAAUGUGCCAUAACAACCAGCAACAUUUAUUGAUUUUCUUUUAUGUUCCAAAAUGUAACGACUGUAAUUAACAGUAUUUUACUUUUUUAUGCAUACAUAUUGCUUAUCAAAGUAAUGCAACUAUUUAGCUUCAUGGUUGUCUCAGAAUUUUUGCCGGGUGUUUUGUAUACUUUGCAGUACUACAGUAUGUUGGGGUUUUAAAACAAAAUAAAAACUAAAAAGGUUUUACAUAUUUUAAAGAAAAGGUGCUGUUUUUCUAAAGGCCAUACUUCAAACAGCUACUGUGUUUUCCAACUGUUACAUUAGAUAUGCAUUAAGCAAAACCAUUUAUUGAAAUCUAAAUCUGUUUGAAUUAAUUUCUGUUGUAGACAAAAAGCCUUUUUGGAUAGGUCUUCAUUGUGUUAUGCCAAGACGAUACAGUUUAACAAAUCAUUAGUUAGAAACACAAUUUGAUGUCUUUUAAAAUGAGAUAAAUAAUAAAUUAUUGUUUUAUAUUUGAUGAGCUUUCAAAA